UGGCGCGCUUCCGUUUCAAACUCUAACUUCCGGUUCGUUAGCCGGUUCCGGUCCCCGCCUCUCACUUCCGGUCGCCGUGGGUUCCUCUGCGGUCGGUUCCUGCAUCCGCUGUUGUCGGUUCCGCUGUGCUCCAGGUAUCUUUUUCAGAAGGAAAACUGCCUUAUCAUAUGUUUCAAAGAUGGCUCUUCCUAUCAUUGUAAAAUGGGGUGGACAGGAAUAUUCAGUGACCACACUUUCGGAAGAUGAUACUGUGCUGGAUCUCAAACAGUUUCUCAAGACCCUUACAGGAGUGCUACCAGAACGCCAGAAGUUACUUGGGCUCAAAGUUAAAGGCAAACCUGCAGAAAAUGAUGUUAAGCUUGGAGCUCUCAAACUGAAACCAAAUACUAAAAUCAUGAUGAUGGGAACUCGUGAGGAGAGCUUGGAAGAUGUCUUAGGUCCACCUCCUGACAAUGAUGACGUUGUUAAUGACUUUGAUAUUGAAGAUGAAGUAGUUGAAGUAGAAAAUAGGGAGGAAAACCUACUGAAAAUUUCCCGCAGAGUAAAAGAGUACAAAGUGGAAAUUUUGAAUCCUCCCAGGGAAGGGAAAAAACUUUUGGUACUAGAUGUUGAUUAUACAUUAUUUGACCAUAGGUCUUGUGCAGAGACUGGGGUAGAAUUAAUGCGGCCAUAUCUUCAUGAAUUCCUAACAUCUGCAUAUGAGGAUUAUGACAUUGUUAUUUGGUCUGCAACAAAUAUGAAGUGGAUUGAAGCUAAAAUGAAAGAGCUGGGAGUGAGUACAAAUGCAAAUUACAAGAUUACCUUCAUGUUGGACAGUGCUGCUAUGAUAACAGUGCAUACUCCGAGGAGAGGAUUAAUAGAUGUAAAGCCUCUUGGUGUUAUAUGGGGAAAGUUUUCGGAGUUUUACAGCAAGAAAAACACCAUCAUGUUUGAUGACAUAGGAAGAAAUUUUCUAAUGAACCCACAAAAUGGACUAAAGAUAAGACCUUUUAUGAAAGCACACCUAAAUCGAGAUAAAGACAAAGAACUUUUAAAAUUAACCCAAUACCUCAAGGAAAUAGCAAAACUAGAUGAUUUUUUGGACCUGAAUCACAAAUACUGGGAAAGGUAUCUCUCAAAGAAGCAAGGACAGUAGUUACAAGCUGUACUGGCAGUUAUUGAAGAUACUUGAUUAUCCAGGAACAACUUCUCGCUUUUAUGCUAAAGAUCAUUAUGAUAGUGCUGGACACUGCAGCAAAUACCAACUGCUUAUACUUGGUCUUCCAGUUUUUUUGUAAAUUUAAUUUUAUAUUUUUUGAAGAGCAUAGCAAUACGCCAAAAAAGAAGAAAAAAGCUCCCCCCCAUAUGAAUAUACUAUAACUCUUAAAAAAUAUUUUCUCCAGCAUAGAGUAGUGAGUACCGCCCCCCCUCCCCCCCGCCACACACACGAAGUGGCAGAAAUGUAUACUUAACAAUGUUAUUUUGUGACCAUGGAAACAAGUAUGUCUUGUGUUUUUGUCUCAAUGUGUUGUCUAAGCCCAAACCCAUCUUGAAACUACUGUUUUUCUCUUUAAAACCAAAAAAAGAAAUGUUUUUAGUAAGGAACCUAAUUUGGUUUGCUUAAAAUCACUAAGAUUUUUUUUUUAUUCCUUUGUCAUAAACACAAUUUCUCUUCUUACUCCACUACUUACAUUUCUAAAUUCUGACCUGUUUCAUUUGGGUCUGUAUAUGUGUCAGUGUUCUUUGAGUAAAACUGGAAAACGUCUGCUGUGAUACACAUAUGUCAUAGUAUGACAAAUAGUAAACAUAAGCCUGAGGAAUGAAAGUCCAGAACUAGAGUGUGUUUCUUUGUGGUGGCCAAGUAGAAGCACUCCUGCCUCAAACCAUUGUCCUAAAAGCAGUACAUUUUCAAAUGGGAUGUAUCACUGGUUCAGCCCUGAAAAGCAUGAACAAAAAGUUUUUGUUCUGUUCCAGCUCUGUCUUGUAGAAGUGCAGACACUGUGUUUCAGUGAAAAUACCUAGCCAUAAUAUGAAAAAAAAUUUAUUUGCAAUGCUUGUGCCUGCAGAUAUGUAAUGUGACCACUGUUUUGUGUUGACAGUAUUGCUUUAUACAGUUCUUCUAUUUGAAAGGAAUCUGAUUCUUUCAAAUAAACAUGGUAUAUAUUGUUCUUAUGGGGGACUAUUUCAGUGGUGUAAAUAAUAAAUUUCUUUUCUUAAGA